UUUACGUCAUUCAGCGAGGCAGAACAAAGGAUUGGCCAAGAGGGCAUGAUGGGGAGGAGUCAAAGUUCAUGGACUGAGUCGCCUGGAGGCAAUCCAGUUGAAGAACCGGUUCUGUCCAGUGAGCCCAGAUCUUGAAAAGUCAAGAAUCGCCCGGCGACAUUUUGGGGCGCUGUCCACCGUUUUUCUCACAUUUUCCCGGAGAUCGACCAGAAAUGUCGGAGAAGCCACCCUAGACACACGACUGAGACCAGAAUUGUUCAUGUAGGAAGGUAACAAGUACGACAGAAGGCCAUAGAACAUCCGGCCGUAUGGUGAAGCCAGGUGUAUUGUGGAUGACGAUUCUGGUGGCAAUUUGCUUCCGGGACGUGAGCAGCAGGGCUGAUGGUAAUGGCUCCAAAGGAUCUAAGGAAGAGAAACCAACUAAUACAGGCAGAAGUACGACCACGUCAUCUGAAUUAUGGACACCGUAUUCGCAGGGGGGACUGUAUAGCCAAAUCAGCACCACGGACAGACACCGGGGCAGAGGAAGGACAAAAGGACAGAAUGAGCUGUUAUUGUCAUAUGCACCAUCAACUGAGAGAACUGUUAGGAAGAUUGUGUCAAGUACAAGAUCCAAAUCAACAAAGCGACUGCCCACAGACAUCCCCACUACUACAGCAACGGGGCUGAUCUUGACGAACACAACUGACAGAACAUUACCGCAUGUAUCAAUCCGUCCAACUAACCCGCCCAACAAAAUUGACUCCGGCCUUGGUGCUAUAGUGUCGAGAAAGGGUGCUGAUUUCACAACUCAGGAGUGGAAGGAAUCUGCACAAGUUUUUGAAAAGAGCAGCGGUUUGGAAACAACGAGUGAAGUGCCAAAAGCAGAGUUCACCGCGGUGAACGUGAAGGUGCCAAAAACACAGGAGGACUUGGAUGAUUCUUUGUCCUUGUCCUCAUCAAUGGUUGUUACUUCUCAGUCUUCAACCACUGUUGCAAUCUCUGACAAGACUGCAAACACAAGAACUAACAUGGCAUCUGCACGUUCCCAUGUUCAGAGCACUUCCACUGGUCAAUCUGAGGAUGCUGAAUACCCCUUCUCCUCUGAGCCAACUGUGCCACUUUCAUACAAACCUGGUGAAAUUGACACCACAGUGAAAUUAUCUACAGUAUCCCCCACAACAGAAGAUACAAGCUUGGUCCCUACACUAGGAUCCACUUUUAAACCAGUUCCUACCCUACUUCCUACACAAGAAGAUACUACCAUUGAAGCAAGUCGCUCCCCAACCGAAACCACAGAUGGCCAAAUCAACAGUGUGGUUCCAACUACAGAAGUGAUAACUUCUCAGUUUGCUUCAACUGGCCCUGCUCAGCUCAGCACUGCCACAGAAGACAGAGAAUAUUUGACCUCCACUUAUUUUGAUCCUUUCAUUCAGCCACUGUCUACUGAACCCGAGCAGUUUCUACCGGAAACAGACAUCAACAGUGAAACGACGUUGGUGAGCACCAUAGGCAUAACUCUUGAAACUACUACUUCAACAAACACACCACUGCAUUCCAUACAACCUGCAAUCACAGAAUCCACAACUAAUGGAGAAAUGAUGUCAACACCGGAUCAAAUAACUGUGAUCCCCACUUUGGAAGACUCUACCACUUAUCCAGCCAUCUUUCCAACAACAGAAUAUACCGGUGCAGUUGAAAGAACUACACAAGGCUUUUAUACUGUCAACCCCACUCAAGAUGACACAACAGCCAACCAAUCUGUAGAAUUGACAACUGGUCUAUUGGAUGGUUCUACAUCUGAUCAUAUAACCUUAGUCCCUACACUAGAAGACACUAGUCCUAAUCUAGCCAUUGAAACAUCUUACUCUACAACAGAAGAAUCCACAUCUGCAGUAUUUACCAUUCUCUCAACUCCCGUAGACACCGCUGUAACAGUUGAUCAUGCCAUUGACACAACUGACAUAGGUUCCACACUUAAGCCACUUUUUACCCUACUGCCUACACUGGAAGAUACUACCAGUGAAACAGACCCAACUAAAACAAUAGAUGGCCAAAUUACCAGUGUGGUUCCAACCACUGAAGAGAUGACUUCUCAGCUUGCUGCAACUGAAAGGCAUGACACAGAUCUAGAGCAAACAUCUUCAGCUAACCCUGCUUCAACCAAAGAUAGAAACGAUCUGACCUCUACAACUCCUUACUUAUCAUCCACAUAUUUUGAUCCAUUUGUACAGCCACUGUCUACUGAACAGAUUCUACCAUUGACAGAUAUCAACAGUGAAACACCUACAGUGAGCACUGCAAGCCUAACUCCAGUAACCACUACUUCAGAAAACACACAUGUCUUCCCUCUUCUCUCCACCCAACCUCUCAUCACCGAAACUAUAACUGAUGGAGAAAUGAUGUCAGCAUCUACAACAUUUGAUCAAGUAACCUUGGUCCCCACAUUAGAAGACACUACAAAUGAUCCACCCAUCAAAACACCCAGCAUUACGACAAGAGAAUCCACACUUUCCGGUUUUCCCACAUCUUACGACUCAACUGUUGACACGACUGGGGGAACCACAAAUGACUAUAAUAUCAUCAUCCCCACCCAAGAUGAAACAACAACUGACCAGUCCAUAGAAACAACAUAUGGUCUAUUGGAUGGCUCAACAGCAGAUCACAUAACCUUAGUCCCUACACUAGAAGACACGACCACUAAUUCAGCCAUUCAAGCGUUUGACUCUACGAUAAAAGAAUCCAGCUCUGCAGCAAUUUCUUCUAUUUCAACUCCAGAAGACACCACUGUUGAUCAAACGACUAUUUCAAGCAACAUAGUCUCCACAUUUGAACCAUUUACCCUUGUUCCUAUUCUAAAAGACACCACCAUUGAACCAAAUUUCUACCCAACUGGAACCGAUGGCCAAAUUGACAUUGUGAUUCCAACCACAGAAGAGCCGACAACUUCUCACCCCUUCACGACAGAAAGAACCAGCACUAACCAACGUAGUUCUACUGUAGAAGGAGAAACAACAUCUUCCCGUGCCUCUCACAUCACCCCAGUAUCACCCUUUACUGAUAACACAUUUGUUCCGUCCCGAUCAGUGACAGAUUCUCAAAAUGCAAUUAGUACUACUCCGUCCAUUUUAGAGACCUCUGAUGCAGAAGAGAAAAGCAGCCAAGUGACUUUCACAACUUUUCCUAGUAGUAGACAUCACUCUACUCAGCCAACUGCAACUAAACUUGCUCCAGAAGUCAGCACUGAUGUACUAACCACACCAAGGCACUCCAAAGCAGAUGCUACAACCAUACCGUUCACAUCUCCGAUAUCCUUGAGUGAGAUAUCAAGAACAGACCCAACUUCUCCAACAACCAUCACUCCAACAGACCCAUUGUCUACCGAGCCCGAGCAAUUUCUACCAGUGACAGAUAUCAACAGUGAAACACCACCAGUGAGCACCUCUGAAACCACUACAUCAGCAAAUACGCCUGUCUUCCCUCUACUCUCCACCCAACCUGCUGUCACAGAAUCCACUACUGAUGGAGAAAGGAAUUCAGAGAGCCCAGAGGCAACCGACCGCAGUGAAAGAACUGUGUCUCCUACAGUUACACUUCAACAUUCACAAGGAUCUUUAUCCUCUACCACAGGAGAGGUAGAUACCCACCCGUCCAGUGCAGUAACCUCCAAGGAAAGAACUACUUAUAAAGAGAUUACCAGUGAAUUUCCCAAAGUAGACCCUGCUGCAACUGACCUGAUUGUCAUACAACCCACCACAGAAGAGGCAGGUCUCCAGACCACUACUACAGGACCUACAGCAGAGGCAACAUCACUAAAAGAAAUGACAGAGGAAACAGCUACCCCAAAAACAGAUGGAACAUUAGGCAAAAUGACUUCAGCUUCAACUUCAACAAUGAAAGUCUCAACUUCAUCUAGUGUACAGCAGAAGACAACACAGACAGGGACUGAAGAAGCUUCCAGUGUUACAUCUGUAGAGGAAAUCUUCAUCCGCAUCAGAAAUCCCAUCUACACCUACAACUGUGUUUGA